UAACUUGCAGACAGGAAGAAAGAGCAGAAUGUGAGAGGGCAGAAACACAUGAGAUAGAAUAAAGGAAGGACGCUGAGACAGCAGAAACUGAGGAAAAAGAGGAAGAGGAAAGCAGUGACAGAUCUGAGUUCUUGUCCUCUGCUGUGGCUUCAUGUACUCGCUGGAGGACAUGCAGGAGCCCCGGCACGUAGAGCUGAAUGACGGCGCUCGUAUGCCUGUCCUGGGUCUGGGGACGUGGAAGUCCUCUCAGAUGCCAAAGAGCUCAGUGCAGGGUGCCGUGGAGACCGCCAUCGCAGCCGGAUACCGUCACAUAGACACAGCCUACAGCUACAACAACGAGGUGGAGAUCGGCAAGGCUCUGUGCUCCAAGAUGCAGCAGGGCAUCAUUCGGCGUGAGGACAUGUUCAUCGUCAGUAAGCUGUGGUGUACCCACCAUGCUCCAGAGGACAUCCCUGAGUGUCUCAAUAAAUCCCUGAAAGAUCUCCAACUGGACUACCUGGAUCUUUACCUUGUGCAUUUCCCUGUUGGAUUAAAGAAAGUAGGAGAUGAGCUUUUUCCAAGGAAGGAUGGGAUGAUUCUGACCUCUGACAUAGAUUAUGUGGAUGUUUGGAGGGGGAUGGAGGCCCUGCAAGCCUCGGGGAAGGUGAAGAGCAUCGGCGUAUCCAACUUCAGCAUCCUUCAGCUGGAGAGGCUUCUGGCUCUGUGCAGGGUUCCCCCAGCCGUCAAUCAGGUGGAGCUGCAUCCCUACCUGAUUCAGACCGAUAUGAUGGAGUUCUGUAAAUCUAAAAACAUCGCCCUGACAGCCUACAGCCCCUUUGGAUCCCCUGAAAGACCUCCAGCACUAUUAAGAGGUGACACUGAUCCACAUAAGCUCCUGGAGGACCCGGUGGUGGCGGAUAUAGCUAAAAAGCACAGACACAGCCCAGCACAGGUGUUGCUGAGAUAUCAUGUGCAGCAGGGAAUUGCAGUCAUCCCUAAGAGUGACAAGCCUCAUCACAUCCUUGAAAACACUAAGGUCUUUGACUUCAGCCUGACUGAAGAUGACAUGAAGGCCCUGAAAGGCCUGGACCGCGGCUGGAAAGCCUGCGUAUUGGAUGAGAUCAAAUCUCAUCCUUACUACCCGUUUCUGUGAGGCAGCCAGAGGAGACGAUGGACGGAUCAUCCGGAAGAUUGUUUAUUUAUAUUGUUGGCAUGUGAACGUGGCAAACCUCUUCUCAUUGAUAAGCUUUUCUAUGUUCCCUUUCAGUUAUUUUUGAAUAAAAAACAAAUUUUA